AAGUGGAGAAGUUGGCAACAUGGUCAUAAGUGUUGCAAUUGGUGAUGAAGACGACGCAGGGAUAUCCAGAGAAGACGACAUCGUUGUGAAUGUUGAGGUCCCAGAAGAGGAAGGAGAUUCAGGUACUGGCAGAAGCAGCGAAGACAUUGUCACCGAACCGACCUGCGAUUCGUCUUGCUCUUGCAUAGAAAACUGAUUCAAAGCUUGUGUCGGUUUCCCUAGUGGUGUAGUAGUAUCCAGUGCAUCGGGGUCUGGGGUCUGAUCGUCUCCUAAACUGGAGGUUGGGUUGCCGUUGUCAUCGUUUGAUGCAUCGUUUAGCUCAACUGAUGUUUGACCAUCUGGACCAAUGAUAAUGUCAGGAUUAUCUCGAGCCUGAAAAGAAAGAAACUUCUGCGGGAUCACAGAGCUCAUUUCUAAGGUCUGCGCACCUGGCGCAAGAAGAUAUAUUGAGAGCUACCAGAGCACGAAAGCGAUGGGAGGGUAUGCAAUACUCUGUAGAGAUAUGGCAGUUUUACUUGUAGUGAU